UAAGUACGACAUUGCUGUUCACCAAACACCCCUCCAACCCAUCACCAGCAUGUCCACCGCACCUGUCGCCGUCGCCGCAGACACACCGAAAACCAAGUUCUUCCUCCGCGGCCGAGAUGGCGUCGAAACGUUCUUUGGCUUGCCGUCGGUGACCGAGGAAGGCGCCGAACGGCCUUCCAUUACGGCCUUGGACACGCUGGAAACGGCCGAUGCGUUGCAUCUUAGCCCGGACGGAUCGAAAAUCGCCCUCAUCUCGCAGGACUCUGGAUUUGUCAUUCGCAACACCGAUACAUCGGACGUUCUUGUUCAAGCGUCGAACCCGGGCAUUCAAGCCGCAGCAUGGUCGCCGCUUGGCACGCAUUUGGUCACGUGGCAACGACCUGUCAAGGACGCCCCGCCCACGGAAGGCAACUUGAUUGUGUGGGACACCACGUCGGGCUCGAUCAUUGCGCGGUUUAGUCAAAAAACGUACUCUCGCGAGCAAUGGCCUUCGUUGCAAUGGAGCUCGGACGAACUGAUUGCCGCGCGUCAAAGCAACAGCGGGGUGCAAGUGUUCAACGGCCGUGCUAUUGGGGCCGGGUCCAUCGGCAACAUUGCGUUGGAGAACGCAGCCAGCUUUAGCGUUGCCCCGGGGGGGCUUCCGUACAAGAUUGCUGUAUUUGUGCCUGAAAAGAAGGGCAAACCAGCGAGCGUGCGCGUGUUUCCGUUCCCGCCGAACGCCGCGCAGUCCCACGUGGCGUUCAAGAGCUUUUACAAGGCGCAAGACGUCAAGAUGAAGUGGGCGCCAAACGGCAGCGCGCUGAUCAUUGAAACGUCCACCGACGUCGACACGUCGGGCAAGUCGUACUAUGGCGAAACGAAUCUGUUCUACGUCCAAAGUGAUGGACAAUACGACUGCAGCAUCCCGUUGACCAAGGAAGGCACGGUCCACGAUGUGCAGUGGGACCCGACGUCCAAGGGCUUUGUCGUGAUUGCCGGCGCCAUGCCAAGCAAUGCCACAUUGUAUGACAACAAGGCCUGCCCCGUGUUUGAAUUCGGGUCGGCGUGGCGCAACGUCAUCAGCUGGAGUCCCCACGGCCGCUUUUUGUGUUUGGCGGGUUUCGGCAACUUGCCCGGCAACAUGGACUUUUGGGACCGGAACAAGCUCAAGAAACUCGGCUCCACCAAAGCCGAAUGUGCCACCACCCAUGGCUGGUCGCCAGACAGCCGGUACUUUUACACGGCCACGACGUUCCCCCGUGUGCGCGUCGACAACGGCUUCAAGCUGUUCAAGUACGACGGCACCGGUCCCGUCGUGUCGGAGAGCCGCACGGAAGUGUACGACUUGCAGUUCCGCCCCGCCGCCGCCGGCGUGUACCCGAACCGCCCCGCCAGCCCCCGCGCCAAGGAAUCGGAGGCGGAAGCGUCUGCCGCUGCGCCACCCGCCCCCGUCCGCCGAGCGUACCGCCCCCCGCACUCGACGGGCGCGUUGGCCGACUUGCUUCGUCGGGAAGACGGCGCCGGGUCGCGCAAGCUCGACCGCAACAAGUACGCGCCGUCCAACUCGGCGGUGGCGGCCACCAAGGUGAUCCCGGGCCUCGAUGCCCCUGUGGUGAAGAAGCCCAGCAAGAGCGAAAAGAAGAAGAAGGCGAUUGAAGCGGCCGAAGCCAAAGCCGAAUUGGAGCGCGUGACGCAGGCGUUGCUGGCCCAGACGCUCCCGGACGAGCCAGUGGUGCUGACGCCCGAGGAAAAGCAGAAAAAGGCGAAAGCGAUUCAGAAGAAACUGAAGCAAAUCGCCGACAUCAAAGCCAAGCAAGCUAGCGGCGACACGCUCAACGACGACCAGUUGGCCAAAGUUGGGAACGAGCCGACGUUGCUCGCGGAACUGGCGGCGUUGGCGUAGAACGCCCGGGCGCCUCAAGUUUCUAUGGAGCCAGCUAUGGGUGUUUUGUGUGCUUGACAGCCACAAAUAUCGAUAUCUAAACGCAUAUCAACUCUUCGUUCGCAUCAGAUUACAUCAAGACAUGGCAUGCUAACGUUAGCUGCAAGUUUUCUGCUGGCUGGCUCGCAAACACUGCAAUCUGCCUUUAAAAUGUCGAUGAUGGCAUUUGAAAUGUGUGCAAUGUGAGGAACAACUC